ACUGGUACAACAUUUGAUCAAAAGGUCUACACAGGGGGGUAUAAACCGUCUUGACUGCCUAUUUGCUACCUGGCGUUACAUGUUAAGGUCGUGCGACUCGUUACACGUCUGAGAUUUGUUGUCGCAAGCGGUCGGCUAAGUAGUUAUGCUAGCUCGCUAGCUAUACAUAGUCUUUGACAGUAUCGUUUUGCUAAGUUUAGUAAACAAUGUCAUUGACCUAGUAAGUUACCUUGUUAACGUGGUGUGAAAAUGAGUUUUCGUUUCCGGCGUUGAUGGAUUUGGUUUGGCUAUGAGCUACAUAACAUCGGUUAUAAGCUACAUAACAUCAGCUAGCGAGCUAACGUCAUAAUCUCAAUACAUUGGCUAACGUUAGAUAGCAUGCUCUGCUAGAACCAGUGGUAACGUAGUUCCGCAAGCGAAAACGGCAUUGCUUCCUUUCUUUACAUUCUAUUAGCUUACAGAAUAGGUGAGAUAAACGUUUGGUCGCUGAUUCUGACAGUAAUAUAGUGGCAUCUGAAAUAAAACGGUGUAUUUGGUACCAAGCUAUAGGAAGCUUGCAUUCAAAUACUAGCAAGCUAAAGUGAGCUGGUCAUCGUUAAUGAAUAAACUCUUUCAAUACUCAGCAUUCAUGGUUGGAAUAGGGUCUUAUAAAAUAGAAACGUGCGCAUAACUUUUCCAUUAUUUUAGACCAGUGUGGUGAUUUAACAAUUAAGUUAUUCCGCAUACCCCUGUACAAUCUGGCUAUCUUACUCAGAGCUAACGUUAAUUUACCCUGCCAUGAGAACCUGCCAUUAGUGAAAUUCAGCGAGGCCACCUACUAUGUAGAUCAUGAGUUAUAGCUAGAAUGAUUGCAAAUAUGUUCCCCCCCUCAACGUUGCAAGAUUAGUGUGUACUAUAUGUCGUGUGCUUGUGGUGAUAUGUUUGUUAAAUGUAUGUCUCCCCCACUCGGCAGAUUUCAGAGGAGCAAAUCCAUCCUUGAACCUGAACCAUGGGUAACUUAUUUGCCAGCUUGUUUAAAGCUUUUGGCAAAAAAGAAAUGCGAAUUCUCAUGGUUGGUCUUGAUGCUGCUGGCAAAACUACUAUUUUGUACAAGCUCAAACUUGGUGAAAUUGUCACCACUAUUCCUACUAUUGGUUUCAAUGUAGAAACUGUGGAAUAUAAGAACAUAAGUUUCACAGUUUGGGAUGUAGGUGGUCAGGAUAAAAUUCGACCGUUGUGGCGUCAUUACUUCCAGAACACACAGGGUCUUAUCUUCGUUGUGGACAGUAAUGAUCGAGAGCGUGUCAAUGAAGCUCGCGAGGAACUCAUGAGAAUGUUAGCUGAGGAUGAGCUCAGAGAAGCAGUUUUAUUAGUAUUCGCCAACAAACAGGAUCUCCCGAAUGCCAUGAACGCUGCUGAGAUCACAGACAAACUAGGACUGCACUCCUUGCGCCACAGAAACUGGUACAUCCAGGCCACUUGUGCCACCAGUGGUGACGGCCUGUAUGAAGGACUAGACUGGCUUUCCAAUCAGCUGAAGAACCAGAAAUGAUGACCGUGUGUCCCAUCUCUUAGUUGCUCUGUCUCCUCCUCUCCAUCUCUCUGGCUCCUCAUGUUGGAAAAUCAAGCUACUAUGGGGUUUAAAAUGUAAGGGUGGCAGACGCCGCCCUCAUCUCAUGUCCGGUCACGGCAAUAUUUUACUAGUGAGAAGAUGAACGAGUUUUAGCCGUCAGGUCUCUUAUUUAAUGUAAAUAGUCUUGUUUUGGUAUGGGGCUGCCUGAUGCACUCAUAUGCAAUAUGUAACUUACUCAGUAUUUCCUAACUUUUGUUAUUUAAUAACCCUUUAACAGGUGUUUGAUGGAACAUGUUUAGGGAGUGGAAAAGGGAGAACAGAAGCAACCUUUCUAAAGGAAUCAGUCAUCUUAAGCACUCCUUUCUCUGUUAGUUGAUGCCUUUAUGGAUAUAAUCUCCUCUGAAACUCAUGUAACAUUGCACAUGUACUUAAAGAGGAGCAGUUGUAAUCAUUAAAACUAAAUACAAGAUGCCAGUGGAUACUGUACAGACACACUACCUGCUACCUUUCCUUUCUUUUAAUUAUGACUAUCAUAUAAACAUAAUGAACUAUGAAACAGUUGUUGAUACCGUAGUUACACUGUGUCCUGUUAACAGCAAGUGAUCUUUUUACGAUCCAGCUACAAAUAGGACUUCUAGUCGGAACCUAUCAAUUGUUGAGCUUUAUCUAUCAUUGGAUGCUAUUGAAAGGUGUUUUGGGGUGAUUUCUAUGCAUUUUACGUGUGGGCUGUCAAGGUUAGGUGAGGUGUGAUGGCCUUUGCUUCACCUGCUUUUGUGUAGGAGAACAUCAUUGUGUCUCAGGUUAAUCAUGUUCUGCCUUGUUAAAGAACCUGAAUGAGCAAAACUGCAUGGUAGUGAAGGAAUGGGUGGGGCUUUGAUUGUUUACAUUUUUAGCCUACUCAGUGCUCAUUGCCCUUGAUAACUGGUGCCUAAGGCUUAUGGGGGCUCUGUAAGAUUGGUCAGUUAACACAUCGCUAUAGAUAAGCAUUGCAAUGAAAUAACCAUCAUACAUGUUGUUCAGGGUGAUCGGCUUCGUGGCUGAUUUCUCCAGGCCUCCAUGGCUUUUCUCAUGCCUUUUCUCAAAAUCAGUACAUGACCCUCAAUGUGGAAUGUGGCAUGUUUAUAGCAAUAUGAAAUAUCUGAUUGAUUCUACAAAUACAGUGCUAGAGGGUACUUGUUAAGCUACUGGGUAUGGUCUCCAAGUCAACUGUUACAAGUGUACUGUUUGAUAGCUUUAGAUACCAUUUGAAUGAUUUAUCACAUUACUAUAAGAUAAUGCGUGAUGCAGAAAACUUGAAGCAACAAAUCUUUUUUGUUAUUUUGGUCGGACAAACAACCUCUUGGAGUUCGCUUUACAUUGCUUGACUUGGAGUUCAAAACUGUGUUGAUCUUGUAGAUUGUCUGUUAGUGUGAUUCCUUAACAUGAAUGAUUUAUUUUUUACAUGUCAACUUUUCUCAGCUUUGAUUUUGACAGAAAAGCACUGUAAUUAAAGCAGUUAGAAUAA